UUUAAUCAUUCAUACGUACAUCUUGCAAAAGUCCUCGUACGAAUCAGAUCACCAAUCAUGACUUUAGCCAGUACCCAGGUCGGCCAGACCCCCGAUAUUCUGCAACUUAUCUGCUCUUAUUUGCCCCCCUCGACACUGUUCUCCUGCCUCCUGACGUCUUCCACAUUCUUCCAUUCUUCCGCACCAGAGCUGUAUCGUUCACUUCAUAUCAAGCAUGCAAGAGACUGUUUUGUGGGCGCUACAAGACAGUCGAACGGCUUCUACACGUCAUCGUCCGCCUCGCCCACCUCCUCCUCUUCUUCUUCCACAACAACUCGACCACGACCCAUCUCCCCGUACAGCAAAGACGCUGUACUGUCCUUUGUACGAAAAGUACAUAUUCACACGCACGGGAGGAAUGAAUGCCCCUUUGUGCUCCACUACAUUAACCCGCUACCGCACUUGGAAUAUGUUCAUUUAGCAGGGGGAGUUUGGCCUGCUGAGCUCGCAGCGGGAGAUAUAUGCGAUCCCGAGACAUGCCAGUUUCUCGCCAAGGUUUGCACCCGUGCGAAGAAGGCGAUGAUAAGACAAGCAAACCUCGGCCCUCUCAAAUUAUUAACCAGUUUAGAGCACGUCACCGUCAAGAUACGACCGUGCCAACUUCCGCUCUACAUCUUCCACGAUACAGCUUACCAAUGGUCGUACCCCGUGCCUAUAUCUAGCGCCAGGAUCGUGGAUUUGGUCUUUUGGGACGAACGGCAUUCAUUCCGUAUUGAAUGGCGUAACGUCCCAGGUGGCGGAAUGAGGUCGUCUUUGAUGGGCUUGAGGUACCAGCUACCAUCUCCAUACCUCGGAGGCGAAUCAAUCAUGCUCAAGGGCUGCACAUAUUGCGACGAGCGGGGUUGUAUCAGGCAUACUCCACAUGCCGCCGUGCAGCUUCCGGCCCUGAUGGCGACAUUGGGUUCGCUUAUGAAUGUGAAGACGAUCAGGGUAUGGAAUGUGGACCACACUGCCCGGAGACAAUGGAAGCAGGGUAUGGUCACUGUAGAAACAGUGAAAAGACGGAUGGAAGAGGCAUGGCUGAAAGCCCGAUCGGAGGAUUUAGAUUGUGGGGGCCACGACGAGCAGGAACUUGACCAAGGUCAACAAACAGGCGUUUCAUUCCACUCUGCCAGCGAGUAUUUUACCUCGGCCCAAUUUGACAUGGAGACCGAUCAAGAAGAGGCCAAGUACUGGCAAAACCUCGUAGAACCCAGUCAAGCGGUACUACGUCUACGCCGACAAGUCCAAGAUAUGUUUGGGGGAGAUGACGAGGCGUUCGACCGGUACUCUGAAAGGGAGUUGGAGGGGUUAGUGGAAAACGAGAGAUGGAGGCGAUGAAUUAGCGGAGCAGCAUUCUUGGCUACGUUACUGGGCGACUAUGUACUUCUUGAAUAUUAGACUACUCAAGCACUAGGAUAUGCACAAGGAGCUUCUUCUCCGCCCUGCUGGAUAACUUUCCGCUUUCCGGGCGGAAGACAAGGACUUUUUAAUACCGUUCCAUCCCCACCGGCAGGCCGGGACUCUCGGUGAAUUAUGAGACCAAGAGAUGUUGUUGAUUCGCACGGCGGAUAUUUCGUGCAACUUCUGGCCCGUGCUUCCGUCCUUUGACCGAUAAGA